AUGAAUGGCGAUACUAACGGCCAUUCGGAGGCUAACAUCGACCGUUAUCUGACGCGCAAUGUCUUGGAUCAGUUCCUUCUCAACGGCAAUGUCGUUGUGAUUACUGGAGGUGGCAGAGGGAUCGGCCUUGCUCUGGCAUUCGCCGUUGCCGAGGCCGGUGGACUGGUCGCCAUCGUUGAUGCCCUGCCAGAGCCGCACGAGCAUUACACGCAGCUAUUGAAGAUCUCGCCCAAGUCCAAGUUCUAUCGGUCCGAUGUCACCGACUUCAACCGGUUGAAAGGGACAUUCGAGAGUAUCGUUGCUGACUUUGGCCGGAUUGAUGGUUUAGUGACCGCCGCCGGAGUAUGCUUCGACAAUCGCUUUCUAGAUAAGACUCCCGACAGCGUGGUGCGAACUUUCUCCAUCAAUGUUUUUGGGACUUUCUUCGCAACGCAACUAGCCGUCGCACGAAUGGUUCAACAACCCCGAAAACCCAAUGCUUCGGGUGCUGGCUCCAUUGUGAUGAUUGCAUCUGUGGCGGCACACCAAUCCAGCAAUCACCAGUUCACGAGCGACUACUGUUCUAGCAAGGGGGCGGUCGUGUCUCUGAAGAGUCAAUUGGCUGUUGAGCUCUCCAAAGACGGGAUUCGCGUCAAUUGUAUUUCGCCAGGAUAUAUCAACACUGACACCCUCGUCAAUUAUGGCAAGCUUCAUCCGAAGGUUGCUGAGGUUGCUGUGACAGAGCCUCCUGCCCAUCGCAUGGGAGACAGAAGCGAACUCAAGGGCGCCGCUGUGUACCUUUUGAGCGAGGCGAGCUCUUACAUGAGCGGCUCUGAGAUGCUGGUCACUGGAGCACUACAUGUUGGUCGCUACUGGGAUGGAAGUUGA